UUUUUUAAAAGCAGUCCAGCCCAACAACAGAACCAAGUCCAACAACUCAGCCCAAUUAAAAAUAAGUUAGGUAGCAGAUUGGGCCAAUAAAUUAUAAAAGAGCAGAUUUUUUUUCUUAAAUAAAAGCAAAAAAAACUGAAUAAUUUAGAAUGAGAAAAAAGCAAAAAAAGUCCAAUAAAAUCCAACCCAUUUUUAUCCGCCCAUACAUAACCGACACCCGAUCUACCCGAACCCGACGUACCCGAUUUAAAAUAUAGACGAAAUUGGGCCAAAACAUCAAACCCAUGGAUUGGGCCGGUUUUACAUUUUAGGCCCGAACCCACCCAUACCCGCCCGAUGUCCACCCCUACCAUGUACCGUAAAAUGGAGUACUACUUUAGUUAUGGGAUUGCAUUGCAUUGAAAAGAUCACACAUGAAUUACUACUACCAUAGCAUGCAUGCAUCGAAGACCUUAACAGACAAACUGUAAAUCCAAUUUCCCUAUAAACCUCAACUAAACUACAUUAAUUGCAAGAUACCAAACAACCCUCUCUCCCUUCAUUUCAUUUUCCCUUUAGUCCUCUAUAAAUAUGCAUUUCAGCUAACUAUCCAUUCACUUGCAAACAGUUUGUGUAUCCAUAGCAUACCCUCAUUGUAUCACAUUCUCACUUGUGUUGUGUCCUCAAAAUGGUUGUAACAAGUAAGAGAAGUAGUACUACCAAAGCUACUCGUAAAAAUAAUGAUGAUGAAUCAUCACUUGCAUUAGUCCAUGUUGAGCAAGCUCAACCUCUUUCUGCUGUUGCUCCAAUUGUUUCAUCUUACAAUGAGAAGAUACGUCCUGUUCUUGAUGCCCUUGAAAAUCUACGGCGUCUCAACAUAGCCAAAGAAGGGAUACAGUUACCAACCAUUGUUGUUGUUGGUGACCAAUCAUCUGGAAAAUCCAGUGUCCUCGAGUCACUGGCUAGUAUUAGCUUGCCUCGUGGACAAGGUAUCUGCACGAGGGUACCUUUGAUUAUGAGGCUUCAGAAUCAUCCACUUCCACAGCCAGAACUCUUGCUAGAGUUCAAUGGCAAAACAGUUUCCACUGAUGAAGCAAAUGUUUCAGAAGCAAUAAACUUGGCUACUGAAGAGCUUGCUGGUCUUGGAAAAGGGAUUUCCAACACUCCUUUGACUUUAAUUGUGAAGAAGAAUGGUGUUCCUGAUCUGACAAUGGUUGAUCUUCCGGGAAUAACUCGUGUUCCGGUUCAUGGUCAGCCUGAAAAUAUCUAUGAUCAGAUUAAGGAUAUUAUCAUGGAGUAUAUAACUCCUGAAGAAAGUAUUAUCUUGAAUGUACUUUCUGCUACUGUUGACUUUACUACUUGUGAGUCUAUUAGGAUGUCACAGACUGUUGAUAAAACUGGUUUGAGGACUCUUGCUGUUGUUACCAAGGCUGAUAAAUCUCCUGAAGGAUUGUUGGAGAAGGUUACUGCUGAUGAUGUUAACAUUGGUCUUGGUUAUGUUUGUGUGAGAAACCGUAUUGGAGAGGAGUCCUAUGCAGAAGCUAGAUUGGAAGAACUUCACUUGUUUGAAUCUCACUCACUAUUAUCUAAGAUUGACAAAUCCAUUGUUGGUAUACCUGUUUUGGCUCAGAAGCUUGUUCAGGUUCAAGCUAUGAUUAUAUCAAAAACUUUACCUGAGAUUAUCAAGAAGAUAAAUGAGAAACUUGUUCAUAAUGAGAAUGAGUUAGAUAAUUUGCCUGCUAAUUUAUCUUCUAUUGCUGAUGCUAUGACUGCUUUCAUGUAUAUCCUUAGUUUGUCUAGGGAUUCUCUGAAAAAGAUUCUUAUCUCAGGAGAUUUUGAGGAGUACCUUGAUGAAAAAAACAUGCAUUGUACUGCCCGUCUGGUGGAGAUGCUUAAUUUAUAUGCAGAUGAUCUUCAAAACUGUGCUGAAAGUGAUUGCACCAAGAAUUUUAUGAUGGACGAGAUAAAGGUGUUGGAAGAGUCUAAGUUGAUUGGUCUUCCAAAUUUCAUGCCACGAACAGCAUUUCUUACUAUACUGCAUAGUAAAGUAAAGGGCAUUGCAUAUAUACCAAUUAAUUUUGUUGAAAAUGUUUGGAACUAUCUUGAAACUGUUGUGAUUUCUGUUUUAAAUCGUCAUUCUUCAAAUUACUAUCAGCUUCAGGUGUCUGCUCGCAGGGCUGGCGUGAAACUGAUAGAAAAGAAGAAGAAAAUUUCAAUCCAGCAUGUGAUUGAAGCUAUUGAGAUGGAGAAGCUGACGGAUUACACUUGUAAUCCUGAGUACCUGCUUGAGUAUAAUAAGCUGAUAUCUCAACAAGAUGAAUUUUUGAAACAAGUUUUAUGUACUGCAACAAAUCCUACUCAUGUGAAUCUUAAAGGAGUUGGAGAGAUUGAUGUUGUGAAUCUGAGGAAUUAUCCUCAUUUGUUAAGUCAGGCGUUUGAUUUGAAGGCGAGGAUCAUUGCCUAUUGGAAGAUUGUUCUUAGGAGAUUCAUUGAUAGCAUUGCGUUGCGUUUAAUGUUAAGUAUCAAUGAACUUAUCAAUACUGAUUUGCAGAAGGAGAUUGUUGAUGAUGUUUUAUCUUCUGGUGGUGGCGGCAUUGAGAGGCUGCUUGAAGAGUCUCCUUAUAUAUCUGGAAAGAGACAAAAGCUUAGCCGAAGUGUGAAUGUUCUCAGGGAAAGUAAAGAAACGGUUGCCAAAAUCAUGGACAGGAUUGGAAUCUAUGAGUAGAUGUUGUAUUUUAAGUAGCUGGUCCUAUUGUCAUUUGAAACUUCUAUCCUGGUGUAAUGGUGUUGGUUUGUUUGUUUGAAUCUGUCAUGAAGGUUUUUGUUUGUUCUAUUUUAUCGAGUCGUUUUGUUGGUUUUUGUGAUACAUUUUCUUCCAUUAAGGUAUGGUGUUUUUGUUA